AUGCCAGUACCGACAAGUCUCGACCGACCCGCAGCUGCGCCCGCCGCAUCGACGAGCAAAAACAUCUGGAUUGCCGCAGGCGAAGGCGACCUCGAACGUGUCAAGGAGUGCGUCGAUCGCGAAGGCAUCUCCCCCAUCGCAGCGGACGAGUUCACAUAUACUCCCCUGCACGCUGCAGCAUCGUACGGACACCUCGAUAUCCUGCGCUACCUCCUCUCACAUCCAUCUGCGCCGACAAGCGCCGUUAACACCACCGACUCUGAUCUCGACACGCCGCUCUUUGUCUGCGAGACAGUCGAGUCUGCACGCUGCCUCAUCGAAGAAUUUUCCGCAGAUGCGAAGCACAAGAAUGCGGAUGGUCUUACAGCUGCUCAACAGGCGCUGGAGAACGAGCACGAGGAACUGGCGCAGUACAUUGCUUCGGUGACGGGAGAGUCAUUGGAAGACGCCGUCGAGGAGGAGGACGAAGAAGAGGACGCGGCGGAGGAAGACGAGAACGGCGUUCCACGAUCCGACGCACCGCAGUUGACUGCUGAGCAGCGAGCAGAAGAGGACGAACGACUCGACGCACAAGCCGAUCUACUCAUGUCACGGGUCGGUGAGAUUAUGACACGGGCAGAGCGCGACGGCACUGAUCCAGAGCCAGAGCUGCGCACCCUCGUCAGCGAAUCUGUACUGCGACAGAUCGUCGAAGGUAUGAACCAGCCCACCUCAGAUACCACCUCGGAUGCUGCCUGA